AUGGGCGUAGAGCAGGUUGAGCUUAGUCAUGAGGAGGUAUGGGAUGACUCUGCGCUCAUAGACUCGUGGAACGAGGCUUUGGCAGAGUAUAAGCCAACCACUAAUAUCAGCUGUGCUCAGAAAUACCACAGUGUACACGCAAAGGGAGGAAGCGUUAAAGACCUAGAAUCCAAAAUCUCCCAGCGCGCUCCAGAAUCUGAAUCAAACAAACGAGCCAACAGUUCCGAACCUGUCUCUUCUGCCGGCAACGAAGAUCCGGAUGCCAUUAUCUCAAGAUCCGACCAAGCCCAGUCAUCACAAAAAGAUGCAACGGCAGCUGCUUCGGCUGCGCCGCCGCCGCAAGCUCUCCUUGGCUCAAGCUGCUCAUGUCGUGGUAUUACGCAGGAUAUUACACCGGGCUCUUUGAAGGGCAACAGCAGGCCCAACAAGAGGAGCAAAAACCACGGCCCUGACCCCAUCCACGGUAAUGGCAGUAAUAGACGUAAUUAUUAUCAGAAAACCCGAGAAGAGGCUGGGCAGGCCAAGGAGGGCGGGUGUCGCACAGUGGAGUUCUUGCGACGACAGCCGUUCCAAACCCUGGCGGCUGGAACAUGUUCGCUGCAACUCCCGUUGCCCCGCGCGUCAGAACUAGACCGAGUUACCAAUCGUAAGAUUCCAGCGGCUGUUGUGUCGCGGUGA